AAAGGUAUAAAAGCUGGAGCAGCCCAGACCACAGUCAACAGUUUCCUCCGAUCAACCACAGAGCGAGCAAUCAGUCCUCACACAAUCUUUAAAAAAGCAAAAAAGAAGAGACACUAUGAAAAACGCUGUUGCCAUUCUGCUGUGCGCCCUGCUGGGUCUGGCCUCCGCCGCCGACUACAAGCUACGCACCGCCGAGGAUCUCCAGAGUGCGCGAAAGGAAUGCGCCGCCACCAGCAAGGUGACCGAGGCCCUGAUCGCUAAGUACAAGACCUUUGACUAUCCCGACGAUGACAUCACCCGCAACUACAUCCAGUGCAUCUUCGUCAAAUUCGACCUGUUCGAUGAGACCAAGGGCUUCAAGGUGGAGAACCUGGUGGCCCAACUGGGCCAGGGCAAGGAGGACAAGGCCGCGCUGAAGGCCGACAUCGAGAAAUGCGCCGACAAGAACGAGCAGAAGUCGCCCGCCAACUCCUGGGCCUUCCGAGGCUUCAAGUGUUUCCUAGGCAAGAACCUGCCACUCGUGCAGGCCGCCGUCCAAAAGAACUAGGAAUUCAGCGUAGUUUCGCGCCAAUUCUAGAAGCGCAAGAACAAAACGUCAGCAAAGCGGCAUUUUCGAGUUGAAACCCGCUCAGGUUCUGCAAUCCUUCAAUUGAAAUAAAACCAUAUAAUAGUGCUUGAA